AUGCAGUUUGAAUGGGUAUGUGACUCUGCCGCGGGAAGCCCCGCCGACUACCUGCCGGGGCAGGGCGUGCGCCUCUCCACCGCCAGCCCGAGCGCAGGACGGGGUCCCCCAGAGUUGCUCAAGACGCCCAGUGACUCCUCCUCGGGGACCCUCCCCUUCUGGGGUUCCCUGAUCAGCACAUACUGCUCGUCCCACCAAGUCCUGUGCCAGAUUGUGGGUGACUUCAGCCCGGAGGUUCCCGGCAAUGUCACUUUUCACAGCUGGCAGGAAAGGGUCAGACAGAACUAUGGCUUCUACAUCGGCCUGGGUCUCGCCUUCCUGUCCAGCUUCCUCAUCGGCAGUAGCAUCAUCCUCAAGAAGAAAGGCCUCAUGCGACUGGUGGCCACAGGAGCCACUCGGGCUGUGGAUGGAGGUUACGGCUACCUGAAGGAUGGAAUGUGGUGGGCUGGAUUUCUCACCAUGGCCGCUGGAGAAGUUGCCAACUUUGGGGCCUAUGCAUUUGCUGCUGCAACCGUCGUCACACCCCUGGGAGCAUUGAGUGUCCUCAUCAGUGCCAUCCUCGCCUCGUAUUUCCUGGGAGAGACCCUGAAUCUACUGGGGAAGCUGGGCUGUGUCAUCUGUGUGGCCGGCAGCACCGUGAUGGUGAUACACGCCCCCGAGGAAGAGAAGGUCACCACAGUCAUGGAGAUGGCUUCCAAGAUGAAAGACACAGGGUACAUCGUGUUUGCUGUGCUGAUGCUGGUGUUCUGCCUCGUCCUCAUCUUCAUCGUGGCCCCACGUUAUGGGCAGAGGAAUAUCCUGGUUUACAUCAUUAUCUGCUCCGUGAUCGGGGCCUUCUCCGUGUCCGCCGUCAAGGGUCUGGGCAUCACCAUUAAGAACUUCUUCCAAGGGCUGCCGGUUGUGCGGCAUCCUCUGCCCUACAUCCUGUCCCUCGUCCUGGCAGUUUCUCUCAGCACGCAGGUCAAUUUCCUCAACAGGGCCCUGGACAUUUUCAACACCUCCCUGGUCUUCCCCAUCUACUAUGUGUUCUUCACGUCCAUGGUGGUUACCUCCUCCAUCAUCCUCUUCAAAGAGUGGCACAGCAUGUCGGCCGUGGACAUCGUAGGCACCCUCUCUGGCUUUGUCACCAUCAUCCUGGGGGUGUUCAUGCUCCACGCUUUCAAGGAUCUGGAUGUCCGCUUGGCUAGCUUGCCCCACAUGCACAAAAACCAAACACCAACCCCAGUUCCUGCCCCAGAGCCCACUGUCAUUAGGCUGGAAGAUAAGAACGUUCUUGUGAACAAUAUGGAACUUUCCAGGACCCCAUCUCCAGAAGAGAAGCCCAAAGUAUUUACAAUCCAAUCCUAAAACUUGGAAUACACGAGAGAGAGGUUUAGGGCUAUGAUAUACAGCCGGGCCUUUCCAUCUCAGAACCACUGGUUAUUUUCAGCCUGUUACCAAUGGGAGUGUAUUGCCUGCUGCCUACAGGCUAUCUUCCCUUGAGAAUUUUAUCUAUACCUCAUUACUGUUUCCAGGAGAAGCAUCCCUAUCCAGUGAGGGGGGGGGGUGCCAGAAACUGCCUGGGACACAGCCUUAGCAACCAAAUAAGCCUGGUCUACCUGGGUGCCAGUAGGUCUUCUGGACCUCCCUUCCUAUUUGUGCCCAUGGUGUCAUCUCUGGUGGCUUAGAUUGUUGGGAGGAAGACAGAAAGUGACCCUUUGAAUGUAGCAGAGUCUGAGAACUUUCCUGAGAUGUUAGUUGUUGAGGACUCCUUAGCACCAAUUCUCAUGUUGAGAUCGAAUCACGUGCCUUAGGAUUUCUAAGGAGCCAAGGACGAGGUGCAGAUGACACCCAGAUGCUCUGAGAGGGGGUGGUUUGCCUCCCUACUGAGAGCGGACAAAGAUGCAACAAAUCAGAACUGUCUUGUUGCUUUUGCCACAUCCUCUUCCAAGACACGAGGAAGACCUCAGCUGACCUUACUGUGAAAGCCAUCUGAUGUCUCAGGGAAAAAGUCUGAGCUGCCCAUUUCCCAAGGACUCCAGCCUGCCAGUCAGCAUCUUCGUUUCCAUCCACCUCACCCUCACCCCCACCCCCACCCCUUCUGGCUCACUUUUGACGUCCCAAGGAGUCUGUCACUGAGACCUUCAUCCCAGACGCAACCCACAAAAGAUGCUUCACAGCCCAGCUGCUGGCCACAUUCUGGAACGAGGACAGAGCUGCUCUGCUCUUAGAAAUGGCUUGGCUCUUGAGUUAGAGUUUGUCAAAAGACGCUUUCCUUUUCCUCAAGGAGUAAGACCAAAAUGUGAUUUGUGGAGGUGAGAGGAAGUGUGAGCUGGCCCCGGCCCUCUGGAAACCAAAGGCAAACUGUUGUGUUUGCUCUGGCGCCCAACCAAGAGUCUGGGCAGGAGGGUUCUAGGGUAAUUUCUGGCCUGUAGCCUCAGAAGUUUGGCUGAUGGAAUCAGUUUUGAGCCUCCGUGACCAAGCGGGGGUGCAGACUUGGCAUGAGAUGCUUUCUGGCUGUGGGCCAGAUUGCCAUCAAAUCCCCAACAUCACUGGUGAGCUGCCUACACUGGGAGGCCGCCUGCCAUGGCUGCUCCAACUCCACCUGCUGUGGGGAUAGCCUUUGGUCUCCUCACAUGUGGCCAGAGAUGUCCAGUAAGCGAGAGCAGCCGGAGAAAGAGAUUAUUUAUUUCCCUUCCUUUCCCAUCUUCUUUCUAGCUGUGCCUGUGGGGUGUGUGUGUGUGUGUGUGUGUGUGUGUGUGUGUGUGUGUGAAGACCAUUGGGAAGGGAACUGAGGGAGCCAGGCUAGCUGGAAAGAGGAAAGUCUUGAUUCACAACCCUCUAGUUGGUUCAUAACACACACACACACACACACACCCCACUUAUUUCCCCUUUAUUGUGUCCUGUGUGUCCCUUGGCAUGAGUUUGACCAUGCUCCAAAGGCUGGGUUGGGCAACAGACAGGCUCCUUGCAGCUCCAGUCGAAAGUCCUCAGUUUUUAAUCAAUGUGUAUUUCUUGUCUGUAACUAAAAUCAAUGCAAUACAUUGGACCUUGAGACAGGAAAUAAGCUGAGGGACCUGAGUAUGGUCUGCAGCAUCAAGAAUAAAGACUUCAGAGUCUGUUUGCUGAUGUUUGUGUCCUGGCCAUCCUUAGGCCAAGAAUGGUGGUGAGCGUUAGGGAUUAGGUCAACUACACACUCCUGGAUAAGGGUAGGGCGACGCCCAAAACAUCAAUCAGGUGACACCUUGGGAGUGUGACCUUUUGCAUAAGAGAGACUGAACAGAGCCGAAUGCUCUUUGGCCCUCUCCCGUGACCAAAGAUGGAUCUGGCAUCUGGUUCCUCCAUCUCCUGUUGCCAUCAGCAGAUGGUGGAUUCCCAGGAGCCAUCAGCAGAUCGUGGAUUCAUUCAGCAGACUUGGGAUUCAUAUUACCUCUGCACCCACCAGCCCAUGCCCCCUGCCGUCUCUGCUUCGCCCUCCUGCUUCCUGAUCAUCAGCUUCCACAAGUCAGGAGA